AUGUCGGAUUUCGACCCGAUCAUCCAAAACCCCCUCGGCCCUCCGUACCAGCCGCAGGUCGCGAUCCUCGGCCUGAUCCCAACGGUACGUGUCGACGUGCCGAUCUGCAUCAUCCUCAUCAUCUUCUUCCUCGCCGCCGCGGCCCUCAACGGCUUCAUCUUCAUCCGCAACAAGGCCGCCGGCCACAAGUUCUUCCCCUCCACCGUCCUCGUCGGCUUCUGCACCACCCGCAUCAUCGCCCUCUCCCUCCGCAUCGCCUGGGCCACCCAGCCCUGGAACGUCAAGCUCGACAUCGCCGCCACCAUCUUCGCCGCCGCCGGCGUCGUCCUCCUCUUCGCCCUCAACAUCCUCUUCGCCCACCGCCUCCUCCGCGGCCUCCACCCCAACCUCGGCUGGAACCCCUUCGUCGGCUACUUCUUCCUCUUCCUCUACUUCUACAUCGCCGUCUGCCUCCUCUGCGCCGUCGUCGCCACCGUCGUCUCCUUCUACACCCUCGACCUCGUCUACCUCAACAGGUGCCACCUCGUCCAGCUCUUCUCCUCGACCUCCCUCGCCGUCCUCGCCUUCGCCCCGUUCCUCAUCGUCGCCGGCGCCCUCCUCUACCCGGGCCUCCGCCGCCCCGAGCCCUUCGGCUACGGCUCCCUCUCCACGAAAGCCCUCCUCGUCCUCGCCACCGCCUUCCUCCUCACCAUCGGCGCCGCCUACCGCUGCGCCGUCAACUUCGCCGUCCGCCCCGCCCUCUUCCCGGGCUGGUGGCACCACAAGGCCUGCUACUACGUCUUCAACUACGACCUCGAGCUCAUCGUCGUCUUCACCUACGCCCUCAUGCGCUUCGACAUGCGCUUCCACGUCCCCGACGGCGCCUGCAAGCCCGGCGACUAUCGCAAGGGCCAGUACAAGUACCACCGCGUGAGCAACCUCACCGUCACCCGCCGCCACGGCCGCCACGGGCGCAACCGCAUCAGCAUCGAGGAGGUCGAGGAGGCGCGGUACACCACCUACACCUCCCGUCGCAGCGAGCGCUCCGGCGUCAUCCGCGGGCUUAGUGAGAUCGACGACUGCCGGGACUCGUCGUAUCUGAGCGCGUACUUCCGAAGCUCCCACGGCAGCUCGUAUGACUCUCACGGGAGCAGUUCGUACGAUAGCAGCUCGCAGUCGUACACAAAUACGAGGAGCGGCGAGAGCGAAGAGAUCAUGGCGGAGAGGAUCAGGGAGUGGGAGAGGAGGUCCCUGGGGCGGAGCAGGAGAAAGAGGGACGGGCAUCAUCAUCGCCAUCACCACCACCAUCAUGGACGAAAGCACAGCCACCACCGCAAGAAUCGGAAAAAGUGA